AUGUUUGAUGAUGAGUUUCAUGCAAUUAUGGAACAGGAUUUUUCUGCUGAAACAAAUGCCAAUAAAACGAGUGAAACAGUCAACGAAGAUGUCGAGACUGAUUCUGAUGCCACUGAAAUUGAUGAGGAUGAUCAGUUUGCAGCAGUCAGUGAAUCUCAGCCGAACACCAAACCAGUGGUCAAUCUCAGCUCAAGCAGUGCAUCAGGUGAACAACAGCAGAAUGGUCGUCAAAAAAGAGCUAAAAACCACAAGUGUCAGCAGUGCAACAAAUGCUUUCCAUCUCCAUCUGAUCUCAAGCGACACCAAUUGGUGCACACUGGAAUAAAAGCGCACAAGUGCCCAACAUGCUUCAAAUUAUUUGGGCAGAAAGAUACUCUCAAAAAACACCAACUGAUUCACACUGGCAUACGAGCGCACAAAUGCGCAAUUUGCUCCAAAUCAUUUGCAGACAAAUCUACUUUCAGAAAUCACCAGCUGAUUCACGAUAACAUCCGAGCUCACAAAUGUACAACAUGUUCUAAGUCAUUCAGCAGGCCUGAUGCCCUCAAAGAACACCAACUUGUUCACACAGGCAUUAAAGCGCACAAGUGCUCAACAUGCUCCGAAUCGUUUGGUCGAAAGAGUGUUCUCAAUCGACACCAACUGGUGCACACUGGCAUUCGAGCUUACCAGUGCCCAACAUGCUCCAAAUCAUUUGGGCUGAAGGGUAAUCUCAAAAAACACCAGCUUGUCCACACUGGCAUUAAAGCGCACAAGUGCACGAUUUGCUCUAAAUCUUUUGGACAGAAGGGUUAUCUCACGAGACACCAAGUAGUUCACAGCGACUCUAAACCAUUUCAGUGCUCCGUCUGUCAACAAACGUUCAAAUCGAAAAAUGGUUUCAAAGAGCAUCUUCAAACUCAGCAUUUGCAGUAA